AUGCUUCGCAAUAAAAGCCAUAAGGAACUCAUCAAGCUUUCUCAAAACCUCAUUCAACCACUUCUACCUCAAUUCCAUAAAGGCCAGGCUGGCAAAGUAUGUGUCAUUGGUGGUAAUGAAGAUUAUACUGGUGCGCCAUUUUUUUCUAGUCAUUCAGCAGCCUUGGUUGGCGCUGAUCUAUCACAUGUCAUAUGCGAAAAGCAAGCAGCUCCAGUGAUCAAAUCAUACACCCCAGAUUUAAUGGUUCAUCCUUACUUGUUGGAUUUGGAAAACCCAUCUUUGAAAAUAGACGACGAUGAGUUGCAUAGGUUGAAAAACUUGUCGAUUGAGGAAAUCCUUGAAUCCAACUCCGGCGUGUUGACAAAGAUCAUUGAUGAUUUAAUUCUACCAAAAGUGCAAACUCUACUUUCCAAGUCCGAUAUUGUUGUUGUUGGCCCCGGCUUUGGAAGAGAUCCACUUAUGUUGAAAACACUAGUAAGAAUAAUUGAAGAAAUCAAGGUCCUUAACAAGCCCCUCAUUUUGGACGCUGACUCGUUAUAUCUCCUUUCGAUACAGCCCCAGAUUAUCACCAACUAUGCAAAAGCCAUAAUCACACCAAACGUUGUAGAGUUCCAGCGUAUUGCCAAAAAGUUCAAUAUUGAUAUUGACUUGUCCAAAAAGUACUCGCAAGAUACAUUGAUUGAUCAAACACAACAAAUUUCGGAUAAAUUGGGCAAUGUAUUGAUCAUAAGAAAAGGCGAGAACGAUAUAAUUGCAAACACCAAGGCAGUUGUUGUAAACUCCCAUCCUGGUUCAAACAAACGUGUUGGCGGUCAAGGUGAUACUUUGACAGGCGCCAUUGCCACGUUGGUCAAUUGGUCAAAUAACUAUUUAGACUCUGUGUGGGGAAACAAAGUUGAGUUGGAUGCAGACGAUGCUCAUAUCUUGGCCUGUUACGCUGCAGGCACAUUGGUUAGAGUAGCAAGCGAUAAAGCAUUUAAAAAAUACGGACGAUCGAUGCAAACAUCAAAUAUCCACGAGUUCUUACAUGAGGCAUUUAGAGACUUGUUUGAUGAUAGUAUUUUUAGACUAAACAGUAAUAUCUAG